AUGAAACUUGCUUCAUAUUAUCAAAAAUUAAAUUAUCCAAUUGAUUUUAUCAUAAUUUAUAUACGAGAAGCGCAUGCGUCUGAUGGAUGGAAAUUUGAUGGAAAUGAAUUUAGUUUUAUACGAAAUCAUCGAAAUAUAAAUGAACGAUUAGAUGCUAUUCGAGUCUUGGUAGAAAUGGCAAAUAUUACGAAAGAUACUAAUAUACAUAUUUAUUCUGAUAUUAUGAAUGAUAUAACAAAUCAUUUAUUUCGUGCUUGGCCAGAAAGAUUAUAUGUUUUACAUGAUGAAAAAAUUUUAUAUCAAGGUCAGAGAGGACCAGUUGGAUAUUCAAUACCAUCAUUAGAUUAUUUUUUAAAGAAGAAUGUUAUUCUUUCAAAUUAA